AUGAAUUUUUCAAAUUUUGAUUUAUUUUCUCAACAAUUCUAUUUUAAUAUAAAAAGUUCUUAAAUAAGGUAAGGAACAUUAAGUGGUUCGUUAUUUUCAGUCCUAAUAAUCGGAUUAACUACCUACUAUUUCGUGUAUCUCUUGAACUAAUACAUUAAUAAUCUAAUAGCUCCUACCUAUAAAGUGCAAAAUUACACAAAUGAUGGGUCUAUUGAUCUUGAAUUAUAGGAGGAUCUGAUUGCUUUUAGAUUCGAAUCUGAUUACAAUCUUAGUGUUGAUGUAUUACAAUAAAAAACCAAUUAAACUUACAUCGUUUACAUUGCCUACUUACUAUAUUUAUAAAAUAGCAAUUAUAUCUAUAUACCUUUAGAUAUAAUAAAAUGUUCUACUCCUGAUUUACUAGGUUAUUAUUGCUUAGAUUACUCAAAAAUAUCUAACUAUACUUUAGUUUCUAACGUAAAAAAUAACAUAUUGUCUUAGAUAUAGCUAAAUAUUUAUGGCUGCCACGACUUGGACUAUUAUAAAACAACAAUUCCUGAUAAUUGUGCAAGCCAAGAAAAUAUAAAUAAACUAAUAAACGGUAUAUUCGCCUCUUUGAAGAUUAGAAUUAAAACUUCUUAAUAUAAUACAACCUCUAAUUAAUUAGAAACAAGUUACAGGAGUAGUCUAAUUUAUGGAUUAAGUAAUCAGUAAAUACUAACAACAGUAAAAAUAUUAGAAUAAAAAACUAAAGUUAAGCAAGGAAUUUUAAUUUAAUCAUCUUCUAGUUUUAGUUCACCUGUCUAAUAUAAUAUAGAAAAUCUAAGUCUAGAUAAAGAAUCUUCAUUUUUAUUAGCUGGUGUUUACCAAUUUAUGUAAGUAAACAUUUUGCUAGAUGAAAUGUUUCAAAGUGUAGAAAUUUAAUUCCCCUCUUUGCCUUAAAUAUUUUCAUAUGUUUAUAGUUUUUUCUCAAUGAUGAUGAUUGUAGGAUUUAUAGCUAGAAAAUUCUCUCUAAGUACUAUUAAAAAAGAUUUUAUAAUGCUCUUUUUGUAGAACUAUUACUAAGGCAUUUAUUUGCAAAUUUCUAAAGACAUAAAGCUAGUAGAAUAAAAUGAUCAAUUAAACCUGCAACCUCAGUAAACAAUCAUAAGUCAUCAUUAAAAUUCGCAGGUUUAAUACAACGAAGAAGAAUGCGAUGAAAAUCAAAUUCAAGAUGAAAUCGAAAACCAAUAAGAAUUAUUUAAAAAUUGCCUUCCAUCUAUUCCCUUUUAAUAAAAGCUAGUAUUAGAUUAAAAAUGUAAAACUCGAAAAAUAGAAUUCUUAAAGGCAGAAAAUUAAUCAAUUAGCACAUUAGAUCAAAAUAAUACAAGUAAUUAGCAUAAUAUGCUUUAAUAAUAGCAGCAAAUAUAAUAAUGCGAUGUAAUCGAAUCAAAUACUUUCUAGAGAGAAUCAUUUGAAAAUAGUAAAAAUCAUUCUAAUUAAAAAAUUAUCAAUUAAAUAAAUAACAAACCGAAAAAGAAAAGUAUUUAGAAAACUAAUCUAAAUUUGAGUGAUCCUCAAGAGUAAACAUUACAUAUUUUAUCACCUUCAAAAUAGAUAUAAGUGUCAAAGAAUAGUAAUUAAUUUCUCAAUAACAUUCAAAAUGAUAGAAAAAAAACCCCCUUGAUUUAAAAUAGUUUUAAUACAUCUAACACCCCCACUAUUUUAAAUGUGAGAAACAUUAAUAAUGAAUAAAAUAAAGAUUUUAGAAAAGCUCUCUUAUAGUUGCAAGUGAGUAAAAAUACAAAUAUUUCUACAAAAAUUGAUAAAUUUUUAUUUGGCUGCAGGUGUUGGAAGCCAAAAAAAAUUACAUAAAAUUUCAAUUCGAAUUAAUUAUAAAAAAUAGAAAAUUAAAUUGAUAAAGAACUUGAUAUUUUUAGAAUUUACAAAGACAUUUUGUUUUUGAAAAAAGCUGUGUAUAUUAUGCUAAGCCAGGAACAGUUAGCAGCUUUAUAAUUAAUCGGAUGCAGUUCAAAUUUCCUUGAUUUAGAUUUAAACCAACUAUCUGAAAGUAUAAAAAAGCAAGAUAAAAACUUAAACUACUAUGAACAAUAGUUAGCGAUUUCUUUAUCUGAUGAACUUUAGUGCUAAAUUUCCUCAAAAUUUUUAGAAAAGUGUCAAAAUAAUAAAUUCAAUUUAGAUAAGAUUGAUUUAAGAAUACUACAAUCAAUACAAAACGAAUUUGUUCUUUGA